ACCGGCCGGACCAGACCAGAGCGGACCCCGGGGGCGAUGCGGCUGCUGCCCCUGCUGCGGACUGUCCUCUGGGCCGCGCUCCUCAGCUCCCCGCUGCGAGGGGGCUCCGGCCUCCGCCACGCCGUCUACUGGAACUCCAGUAACCCCAGGCUGCUCGGAGGAGACGCGGUGGUGGAGCUGGUCCUCAACGACUACCUAGACAUCUUCUGCCCGCAUUAUGAUGGGCCAGGGCCCCCGGACGGCCCCGAGACGUUUGCUUUAUACAUGGUGGACCGGCAGGGCUAUGAGGCCUGCCAGGCCCAGGGCCCGGGCGCCUUCAAGCGCUGGGAGUGCGCCCUCCCUUUCGCUCCCUUUGGUCCCGUUCGAUUCUCAGAGAAGAUUCAGCGCUUUACACCCUUCUCCCUUGGCUUCGAGUUCUUGCCUGGAGAAACCUACUACUACAUCUCGGUACCGGCCCCGGAGAGUUCUGGCCGCUGCUUGAAGCUCCAGGUGUCUGUCUGCUGCAAGGAGAGCAAGUCGGAGUCGGCCCAUCCCGUCGGAAGCCCUGGAGAGAGCGGCACCUCUGGGUGGCAAGGGGGAGGGGCUCCCAGCCCUCUCUGUCUCUUGCUGCUGCUGCUCCCAAUUUUGCGUCUCCUGCGAACCCUCUGAGCCCAGCGGACCCCUCCUGCCACCCCAGGAGCGACAGCCCUCCCAAGACUCCCCGGAGGAGGGCCCCCAGCGUCAAGCCAGCCAGACCGAUGGAAGAGUGAUGGGGGCGGUCGGAGGGUCCGAGGUGACCUUCCAGGGGCUGGCCCCUUAUCACAGGCUGAAGAGUUGCUGCAGGGAGCUGCACACCGCCCUGCCCCCCCCCCGCCCCUCCCCCGCCCCCGGAGCCCAGGCAGGACAAACACAGGGUCUCCCUCCCUCCGCCACGUUGAUGUUCUUUGCCCAUCCCCCCAGAAGGACUGGGAUUUUGGUGGGAUGGAAUCCUUGAGCCUGUUGGGGGCCAAGACCGAAGACCCUGGGACAGGUGGACUGCCAGACCAGGGCAAAGAAGAGGCUGAGGCCUGUGCCCGGCACCCUGGGGGCCACUUCCCUGGGGCAGCAUCCCCCCCCCCCCCGACCCUGGCGGGGGGUGCCACUCGCUUGUCUUCUGUGAAGACAGACUUGCCAUGAGGCUGGACAUCAUGCCAGUUUGUAUUUUUAUAAGUGUCUGGACCAAACCCUCAAUAAACCACCCCCCUUUUUGUUGCUCUGCCCCA